AUGAAUCCAAGCGGGCAAGGCGACCUGCCAGUCGGUGCCGCCGCUGUCGACCAAAAUAUAGAAGAGAAACAGAGAUCGGAUCUGGGGAUCCCCACACAACAAGAGAAGGACACAGAACUACCAUCUUUAUCCGAGAAACAGCCGGUCACACCCGUCCCUGCGAGUCCAACGUCUCCCACUGCAAUCGCGUCGUCGUCCUCGAAUUCGGACAAUGGGCCAGAGCUUGACAAGUAUGACUCGAAGAUUGUCCAAGUUCGCGAGGUGCAAGAAGGCGAUGAGGCAUUCGCCCAUCUACCUGAGCAUGAGCAAGCCGUACUGAGAAGACAAUUGUUCACUCCCGAUGUCAAUGUUACCUACAAGAGUCUAUAUCGGUAUGCCACAACAUGGGACUUGGUCUUCAUUGCCAUUGCCUUUGUUAUGGCCGUCGGUGCAGGGGUGGUCCAACCCUUGAUGACGGUUGUUUUCGGAAAUCUGAGUGGAACAUUUCAAGGUCUCUUUCUUGGAUCGCUCAAAGAGUCGUUCGAUUCCAUCUUGAACCGAUAUGUCCUGUAUUUCGUCUAUCUGGCCAUCGGGGAGUUUUUCCUGGUUUACAUCUCCACCGUGUUGUUUAUCUACACCGGCGAGCAUAUCACGUCAAAAGUGCGAGAACAAUAUCUGAGGGCGAUUUUGCGGCAGAACAUUGGGUACUUUGACAAACUGGGAGCCGGAGAGGUCACUACCCGUAUCACCUCGGACACAAACCUUGUUCAGGAAGCCAUCAGUGAAAAGGUCGGAUUGACUCUGACAGGCGUCGCUGCCUUCUUUUCCGCAUUCGUCAUUGGAUUCAUCAAGUUCUGGAAACUGACUUUGAUCUGUAUGUCCACCGUCGUGGCCAUCGUCCUUAUCAUGGGCGUCGGUGGGCGAAGAAUGGCCGGAUGGAACAAGAAGUCUCUAUCCUCCUACGCCGUCGGUGGGUCCGUGGCUGAGGAAGUCCUGGCAUCGAUUCGCAACGCAGUGGCUUUCGGAACCCAAGAUAAAUUGGCAAAGCAAUACAACGUCCACCUCCUUGAGGCCCGGCGAUGGGGUAUCCGUAGCAAGAGUAUGCUGGCCUGCAUGAUUGGACUUAUGCUUUGCCUCGUAUUCUUAAACUACGGUCUAGCAUUCUGGAUGGGGUCUCGAUUCUUGGUCAGCGGCGAAACAAACCUAUCUCACAUCCUUACUAUUAUCCUGGCCGUCAUGAUUGGCGCCUUCUCUUUUGGCAAUGUCGGGCCCAACAUCCAGCAUUUCGCAGCUGGUGUUGCCGCUGCGGCAAAGAUUUACUCCACAAUUGACCGGGAGUGUCCCCUAGAUCCACAGUCAGAGGCAGGCGAGAAGUUGGACCACGUCGAUGGUACUGUUGAGCUGAGAAACGUCAAGCACAUCUAUCCCUCACGCCCUGAAGUUGUGGUAAUGGAGGACAUCAGCCUCGUGAUCCCCGCCGGCAAGACCACCGCUCUUGUCGGCGCCUCUGGGUCUGGAAAGUCGACCAUCGUUGGGUUAGUUGAGCGUUUCUAUGAUCCAGUAGGCGGAACGAUUCUGCUGGAUGGUCAUGAUAUCAGCACAUUGAACCUCCACUGGCUUCGACAACAAAUCUCGCUAGUGCAGCAAGAACCCAUUCUUUUCAGUCAGACCAUCAAAGACAACAUCAGAAACGGUCUCACUGGAUCCAAAUACGAAGAUGAACCAGAAGAGCAGCAGACGCAGCGUAUCAUCGAAGCUGCUAAAAAGGCCAACGCACACGACUUCAUCUCGUCUCUUCCGGAGGGGUACGAUACUCAUGUAGGUGAGCGUGGUUUUCUUCUAUCCGGAGGCCAGAAACAACGGGUUGCGAUUGCCCGAGCUAUCGUCAGCGAUCCAAAAAUCUUGUUGCUUGAUGAAGCCACAUCGGCCCUGGACACCAAAUCUGAAGGGGUCGUUCAGCAAGCUUUGGACGAGGCGGCCAAGGGUCGGACCACCAUUGUAAUCGCUCACCGCCUUUCAACCAUCAAAACUGCAGACAACAUCGUGGUCAUGCAGAACGGCCGUAUUAUCGAGCAGGGCACCCAUGACGAAUUGUUGGCACUGAAGAAGGCAUACCACAGCUUGGUGUCAGCCCAGCACAUCUCCAGCACUGAUGAUGACCGAUCGGAAAGGGGCGAUGGAAUUGGUGAAGAGGAGCUGACGCGAAUCCAAUCAUCGAGGUCGGGGAGUGCGGCGGCAAUGGCUCCUGAGGACAUCAAACUCGCCCUUGGAAGGACUAAGAGUCAGAAAUCCGUAUCCUCCAAGGUUCUUGCAGACAGGCAGCCCCAAGAAGAUGCCAAAUAUCCCCUCUGGACCCUGAUCAAGUUCAUGGGAGCCUUCAAUCGUUCAGAAUGGAAGAUUAUGUGUGUCGGUUUUGUCUUCACCUGUAUUGCAGGAGGCGCCCAACCAGUCCAGGCAGUCUUCUUUGCCAAAUCCAUCGUCUCACUAUCUCGACCGCUCAGUGAGCGACAUCAGAUCCGCCACGACGUCGACUUCUGGGCGUUGAUGUAUCUCAUGCUUGGUUUGGUCGACUUACUAGCCAUGGUCGUGCAAGGGAUUGCGUUCGCAUUCUGCAGUGAAAGCUUGAUCCAGCGUGCUCGUGACGGUGCAUUCAGAAGGUUCCUGAGACAAGAUAUCGCUUUCUUCGACGAAGAGCAGAACUCGACCGGUGCUCUGACUUCUUUCCUGUCCACCGAGGCAACUCACCUGGCAUCAAUAUCCGGAGCGACUCUGGGGACACUCCUGAGCUGUGCAACAACACUAGUGGUGUCAAUAGUGAUAGCCCUCGCCGUCGGCUGGAAGCUCGCGCUGGUCUGCAUGUGCGCAUUACCGAUCAUCCUUGGAACUGGAUUUUUCAGGUUCCGAAUCCUGGCCAAAUUUUCUGCCACUGCUCAAAAAUCCUACGAGAAGUCCGCCGGAUAUGCCUGCGAACACACCAAUGCCAUCCGGACCGUGGCGUCUCUGACUACGGAGCGGCAGAUCUAUCUGGAGUACAAGAACCAACUUCGAACUCAACUACGGCUUUCCCUCAGAUCAAAUCUGCGGAACUCGUCACUUUACGCAGCAUCGCAAUCGGCCAUGUUCCUCGCCUUCGCCCUAGGCUUCUGGUACGGUGGAAGACUCAUGGGCCGGGGAGAGUAUGGCAUGUUUCAAUUCUUCAUUGUGUUUUCUGAAAUCAUUUUUGGUGCGCAGUCUGCUGGGACGGUGUUUUCCUUUGCAGGAGACAUGUCGCACGCAAAGAAUGCAGCAGACGCGUUGAAGAAGUUGUAUGAUCGCAAACCAACCAUUGAUCCAUGGUCGGAAGAUGGUGAAUCCCUCACCGAGGUUGAGGGCAACAUCGAGUUCAGGGACGUCCAUUUCCGAUAUCCAACCCGGCCGGAGGUGUCGGUUCUUCGUGGUCUGAACUUGACCGUCAAGCCGGGCCAAUACGUUGCUCUUGUUGGAGCUUCUGGCUGCGGCAAGUCCACCACGAUCGCGUUACUGGAACGCUUUUACGAUCCACUAGCCGGCGGAGUCUAUGUGGACGGCAAUGCAAUUUCCAGCCUCAACCUCAACGACUACAGGUCAAAUCUAGCACUUGUAUCGCAAGAACCAACACUGUACCAAGGCACCAUCAAAGAAAACGUGCUGCUUGGUGCGGACAGGGGCGAGGUCAGUGAUGAACGUGUCAUUCAGGCCUGCAAGGAUGCAAACAUCUACGAUUUCAUCAUGUCACUGCCCGAUGGUUUUGCAACUGAGGUUGGUAGCAAGGCUACCCUGCUAUCUGGAGGGCAGAAACAGCGGAUUGCUAUCGCUCGCGCUUUGCUCCGCAAUCCCAAGAUCCUUCUUCUGGAUGAAGCAACAUCUGCUCUAGACUCCGAGUCCGAAAAGGUGGUACAAGCCGCCCUCGACCACGCUGCCAAAGGCAGAACCACAAUCGCUGUGGCACACAGACUUAGUACCAUACAGAAAGCAGACAUGAUUUACGUCUUCGACAAAGGUGUGGUGGCAGAAUAUGGCACCCAUUCUGAGUUGAUGGCGCAGAAGGGCCGCUACCGCGAACUAGUCAGCUUGCAAAGUUUAGAGAAGCGGCAAUGA